AUGACGGACUUCAAGCUCAAGCCGCACCCGAAGAUCAGCAAGCCUGAUGGCCCGGUCAUGGUUUGCAUCCUGGAUGGGUGGGGCGAGAACGAGUACAAGGACAAGUUCAACGCCAUCGAGAUGGCUGAUACGCCCGUGAUGGACAGCCUGUCCCAGAAGGCGCCGGACUACUGGCGCACGGUGCAGGCCCACGGCACGGCCGUCGGGCUGCCCUCGGACGCCGACAUGGGCAACUCCGAGGUCGGGCACAACGCGCUCGGGUCGGGGCAGGUCGUGGACCAGGGCGCGCGCCUGGUCGACAUCGCGCUCGAGAACGGCUCCAUCUUUGAGUCGGAGGGGUGGCAGCACAUCGCGGGCGCCGUCAAGGACAACACCCUGCACCUCAUCGGGCUCCUCUCCGACGGCGGCGUGCACUCGCGGUACGACCAGCUGAUCAAGCUGAUCGCGGGCGCGUGCGAGCGCGGCGGCAAGAAGGUGCGGUGCCACGUGCUGACGGACGGGCGCGACGUCCCGGACGGCUCGGGCGUGAAGUUCGUGCGGCAGCUGGAGGCCGACCUGGCCGACCUGGCGGCCAAGCACGGCGCGGACCUGAAGAUCGCGUCGGGCGGCGGGCGCAUGAAGGUCACGAUGGACCGGUACGAGGCGGACUGGGGCAUCGUGGAGCGCGGGUGGAAGGCGCACAUCCUCGGGGAGGCGGACUGCAAGAUGACGUCGGCCGUCGAGGCGCUGGAGAAGCUGCGCGGGGACCCGGAGAAGCCCGUGUCGGACCAGCACCUGGACCCCUUCGUGGUCGUGGACGCGUCCGGCGCGCCCGUGGGCCCCGUGCAGGACGGCGACGCGGUGGUGCUGUUCAACUUCCGCGCCGACCGCAUGGUCGAGAUGUCCAAGGCGCUCGAGUACGCGGAGUUCGACAAGUUCGACCGGAAGCGCGUGCCGGCGAUCAAGUUCUGCGGCAUGAUGCAGUACGACGGCGACCUGAAGCUCCCGACGAACUACCUCGUGCCGCCGCCCACCAUCAACAAGGUCUCGGGGCAGUACCUCGUGGGGUCCGGCGUGCGCACGUUCGCGUGCAGCGAGACGCAGAAGUUCGGGCACGUGACGUUCUUCUGGAACGGCAACCGCUCGGGGUACUUCGACGAGAACCUGGAGACGUACGUGGAGAUCCCCAGCGACGCGUGCCUGUUCAACGAGAAGCCCGACAUGAAGGCGCGCGAGAUCUGCGAGGCCGCCAAGGUCGCGCUCAAGUCCGGGAAGUUCGACAUGGUCCGCGUGAACUUCGCCAACCCGGACAUGGUCGGCCACACGGGCGACCUCGCGGCCACCACGGCGUGCUGCUCGCUGGUGGACAAGUGCGUGGGGGAGCUGCUCGCGGUGUGCGACGAGGUCAACGCGCGCUGGCUCGUGACCGCCGACCACGGGAACGCCGACGACAUGGUCCAGCGCAACAAGAAGGGCGAGCCCAUCAUGGACCCCGACUCGGGCAAGCCCCUCCCGCUCACCAGCCACACCCUCGCGCCCGUGCCCGUCGCCAUCGGCGGCAAGGGCCUCCCGGACGGCGUCAAGAUGAGGAAGGACCUCCCCAAGGCCGGCCUCGCCAACAUCACGCCCACCUACAUCGAGCUCCUCGGCUUCCAGGCCCCCGACCACAUGGUGCCCACGCUCCUCGAGUCAGGCACGUCGGCUGCGGGGGCCGCGACGACGACCAAGGCCGAGCCGGCGCCUGGGGCCGCGGCCGCGCCCAAGGAGGCGGGCGAGAAGAAGGGCUUCCUGUGCUUCGGCGCCAGCAAGACGUCGUGA